GGUUCGGGCAAGUAAAUAUGUUGCAAAUUUCUACAUAAAGCUUCACAAACUUCUACAACUAUGGCACUUACAGUCGAAAACCCGACUCUAAAACUAUGGCCUAUUGUAUAAAAUGUAUCUCCGGUAGCCAGAUACAUAAAAAAGAGUAUUUUGUUUCAGGGGAUGAGAUUAAAAAAAAAUGGAGGAAUCUGCGCGAUACGUACGCUAAGUACAUAAGAACUAAUAAAACUAGAACUGGAAGCGGCAAGCGAUAAAAAAAAUGGAUAUGGGCAGAUCAUAUGGAAUCGUUCAAACCGUUCCUAAAUUUUGCUAAGACUGCAUCCAAUGUCACAGAUGUUGAUACACAAGAAUCUGAAGCAUUCCCAAAUAUAGAAUCACCCGAAAAUAUAUUAACGGAUGAAAAUUCCGCAGUACAGAAACCAACGUGUAGCAGAACAAACAGAAAACGCAAUUCUGAGCCAUCCACAUCUGUGAAAGAUACGAUCAGUUAUUUUGAGAGCAAAAAGAGAGUAGUGCAUGAUGCUACCGAUCAACUGUUUUUGGCUCAUGCUUCUGCGGUAAAAUCUUUCUCUCCUAGAAGGCAAAUUGAAACAAAAAUGAAGAUUGCGCAAGUUAUCAUGGAGCAGGAGUUGCUUCAAUUGGAGGAAAGUUCUUUGAAUAGCCAUCAAUCUAGAGCUGAAACUACAGACACCUAUCAAAACCCCUCUUCCGUCGGAAGUAUUUCGGUUGUAUCCCUACCUUCACCAAAUGACACUGCAUUACCUAAAGAAUCGAAUACUUCUGGGUUCUAUGAAGUGAAUUGUGAAAAUAAUUAUAUUACACUACACAACUUGGCGCAGAGUUGCAACCAAGCAGCUUCUCAUAAUCCAUCAGUUUCCAACUAUGUCAAUUCCUUUAACCCUUACAAUACAUAA